GCUCCGCCCAUCCAAAUAUAAAGAGGCAACAGAAGGACGGUAUCCUUGUUUUGCCUAUAAGCAUCGUACCACAAAAGUUAUCAAGGAGCCAGAGAGAAAAACAAACAGAAAUUCGUUGUUGGAACAUUUAUUUCUGUGCAAACCACAAAAAGGUCUCUACUCACAGAAAAAAAAAAAUGAAGUAUCUUCUGUUUUUCACUGCUUUGAUCGCAACAGCAAAUGCCCUGACCUGCCAGUGUUCUACGUGUGAGAAAGAAACUUGUACAGUUGAAACAGGGAAAUGUUAUUCAAUCGAGAAGGAAAUCGUUACUGGGAAAGUCAAGCCACCUAAAGUAACAAUUAAAGGCUGCCAGGACGACAAAAAGGAUCCAAAUUUCUGCAAACAAGGGUUUAUCCUCAUGUCCUCUGAUCAGGAUUUUUAUCUGAUGAGCAACAUUACAUGCUGUGACAAAGAUUCGUGCAAUAAAGAUAUCAAUGCAACACUUAACAGGAAUCUUCCCGUCAGUAAUCUGGUGUGCCCAUCAUGCUUUGCUUUUGAUAAGAAAAUAUGUGAUGGCAAAACAAUGAAGUGCAACAAUCUCCAGAAGAAAUGCUUCAAUAUCACCGGGACAGUCAAAACAGGUUCUGAUAAAGUUCAAGAUUUUAAUGCCAGGGGAUGUGCGGUUGAAAACACCAUCUACAAAAAAAAUAUCACCCUAUCCUUUGACGGCGCAUCUUACGAACUUGAAAAUGUCCAAGUUGGUGAAGCCAAAAGUGGUGCCAGCCAGAUUUCCAGUUGCCUAUCUUUUGCUAUCCUUCUGCCCAGUGUCUUUUGGUUCCUACUGGACAGCUCCCUGUAUUAACCCCCAACCUGCCAAUGUCCUCUCUACUCAAAUGGGGGAAAUCUCCCAUUGAAUUCUACCAAAGAAGACAUGAAUCCGAGAAGUUUUGGCUUCAGCUAUUGCUGGGGUCCAUGUGUCUCUCAAUUGCUGGCUUUGAGUGUCUUUCUCUCUCUCUCUCUCUCUCUCUCUCUCUCUCUCUCUCUCUCUCUCUCUCUCUCUCUCUCUCGUCUUUGUUCAGUAAAAAGGGAUUUUAAUGUAUCUAAUUAAUGCAUAUCUUAAAUAAGAAUAGAAAUGAAUAUUGGUGUUAAGGAUACCACGCAAGUAAAGGCAUCCCAACGAUA